GGGGAGCAACCGCAGCGCCAGCCGGCUCCGCUAGACUCCGUAUCUCCUUGCGACGAUGGGGUCCGUUUGGAGCAGCGAAGACCGGGAGGUGGUGAGCGGUCCAGAUGCCCGCGGCCAGCUCCAGGGGAUCCAGUUCCCGAGAGCUGGGGGGGAGGAGACCCGGUGGCCGAUCCCUUCGUUUGAUUGCUCCAUUUGUUUGGAAGUGCUCCACCAGCCCGUGAGGACACGAUGUGGCCACAUAUUUUGUCACUCCUGUAUUGCUACAAGUUUAAGGAAUAAUACAUGGACAUGUCCUUAUUGUCGGGCUUAUCUUCAUUCUGAAGGAAUUCCAGCAACAGAUGUUACUAAGAUGAUGGAAAAUAUAUACCAAAACUGUACAGAAUGUGAUACAGAGGUGUGUCUCAAUGAAAUGAGAGCCCACCUCAGGACCUGUGCCCAAUAUAUAGAGAAAUAUGGACCUUUACAAGAGGUUCAGCACCCCGUAACAAGAUAUCCUUGUCCUUCCUGUCAGUAUGAAUUGGAUGAAAAUGACCUCCUGGACCAUUAUCUCACUUAUCACAGAUUUGAAAGGAGAACAGUGUACUGUCCAGUUUGUCGUUUACUACCGGAUGGUGGUCCAAGUUAUUACAGCAGUGGUUUUAUAAGGCACCUUCAGCUCAGACACGCAUUAUAUGAUGAAGACUAUGAAGACUACAUUGUGAAUAUAGAAGAAGCCCUCAUUGAAAGCGUUCUAGAUGAAUCCUUUUUGGAGUACGUACAUGUGAAUAAUCCAAAUACUGCAUAA